UCUUCAUUGUCAUAUAUUCUGAUGAUAGUAAAGCAAUAUAAUUAUCCAUGGGAAAGUCUGACCUACCGAUGAUUAAUGAGUCGAUACUCUAUAUGCAUGUUGUAACUAAGGAAUAGUAAAAGGCGGCUUCUCCAUGCACUGGUGCUACAGCACACAACCCAAGUCAACCAGUGGUUCCGAAACCUGGCUGAAACGUUCAUUACUGCAUUAUCUACAACAGAGAGAUGUUGCCUCUGUGAUCUCAUCAUGAAGCAUUCCAGCAGAGCAGGUGUGAUGCCCCUUUAGUACUGCAUGGAGGUGAGCGGGGGCCUCCCCAGCAGGCUGUGUUCAUCAUGGGGCCUGAAGUUCCCCUGCUCAACGACUACAAGCAGGAGUUCUUCUGGAAGCGCUUUCCACAGACUCUGCUGGGGGGUCCGCGCCUCAAACUUGGCUACUGUGCCCCCCCAUAUGUCUACCUGCACCAGCUGCUCUUGUUCCUCACACCCUGCAUGCUUGGCGGGGUGGGCACCGUGCUGUACCAGGUAGGCGUGCUGGGCGAUGCCUACGCUGCCACGCUCUCGGGGGGACUUAUGCUGGCCGUGGCGGCCACGCUGCAGACCUUGGCGCAGUGCGUGGCGCGGAGGACCGGGGUUGUCCAGCGUCUCUCGGCACAGAACAACAUCCUGGCAGACGAGGAGGAGGUCGAGUUCUCGCACUGCGUGGCUCCGGAGACCGUGCGCUUCAUCGUGCCCGGCAAGAAGUUCAUGGUGAACGUCGUCCUGCACACGUUGUUGGCUGGCAUGCUGUGCGGUCUGGGGACCUGGUAUCUGCUGCCCCGCAGCUUGGUAGCUCUGUAUGGGGGCAUGGGCGCAGCGAUGCCAGUCUUUGCCCUCAGCUGGGUGACACUGUGCAGCGGGGAGUACGCUCUGAUCGUCAACACGCCCCCAGAGACGGCCACGUUCCAGCCCCAGGACACCUAUGAGAUCACAGCGCUCACCAGACCUUUGUACAUUCUGAUCUUCAUUGCUGUCGACCUGGUCUACAGAUUGACAGACCCAAUGAAUGAGUUACGGUUGGCAUGUCAGGUGCUCCACGCGGUGUUUGUGGUGCUGCCCGUGCUGUGGGCACUGGGCACCCUGCCCCCUCCCGAUGCCCUGCUCCUAUGGGCCAUGGAACAGGUUCUGGUGCUGGGGCUAGGCGGCUCUGCCAUGGCCACAAAUCUCAGGCUGCUGGUGAUGUUUCUGGUGUCAGCAUCCGUGGCUGUGAGCACCUACUUCAUCCCCUCCACUCUGGGUGUGGUCCUCUUCACGGUCGGCAUGGGCUACCUGCUGAGCUUGGACGGGAGCCAGGUGGGCAUGGCGUUCGGGUCCAGGCGGGCCCAGAACCGUGCUCUCUCCCUGGGCCUGAAGGGCCUGCCGCUGGGCCUGAUCUUCCUGGCCGGAGCCAUGGCGGACGGGGGUCUGCUCCACCACUACCUCUUUGAACGCCCCACCCAGACAGGGAACCUCAGCCUGGAGGGAGCUCCCACGGAGGAGCUGCCCUCGGUCAGUCUCCACGGGGUCCAAGCAGCGGUGGCCUACGCGCUCAUCUGUCUCCUGGUUCUCAGCCGGGGACUGAGGGAGAUCCAGGGGGUGUUCCUGCUAGGAGGCACUCUAAGGAACCCCCUGUACCCCAGACAGACCGGCUGCUCUCAGGCCUUCAGACGUAGCAGUAGGGGUCUCCGCCUGGCUGGAUAUCUCAGGAGGGUCCUGCUCAAUCUGGUGUCUCCCUUUGCCAUGAUUGCUUUCCUGGCUCUGGAUGGAUCUCUGUUGGACCUGCACACAGCAUCACUAGCAGUGGGCUUCACGCGAGCUUUCAGAAUGGUGUGGCAGAACUCGGAGGAUGCCCUGCUCCAGAUGGUGGUGGUGGUGCUGGUAAGGCUCGGCUCACAGGGGGCACCGGCUACAGGAUGGCACAGCCUGGGCACAGGGGUACAGCUGCUGGUGGUGGGCUUGCUGAUUGACCGCGCCUCCCAGUUCAUUUCCAAGCUGAAGUUUGCCCUGACCGUGAUCGUCACGUCGUGGACAGAGACGAAACAGCGGCGCCAGUCCACCAGCGCCAUGUUGAUCCUGAACGCAGUGCUGUUCCCCGUCCUGCUGGGGGAGCUGGUGCUCUCCGCCCUCCUCUCGGCGCCCCUCCUGCCCCUCUUCACUCUGCCCAUCUUCCUGGUGGGCUUCCCCCGACCCCUGCGCUCCUGGCCGGGCACCCCCGGCACCGCCUGCCCCUGCCCAGACUCGGUGUACUACCAGCAGCUCAGCGCCCGCCUGGCGUCUGCCCUCAGGGGGGCCAUCGCAUGCGGCGCCCUCGGUGCAGCCCCGCCUGGCUCUCACUUCCUGUGUCGUUUCCAGGACCGCGUGAUGUGGCUCACGCUGCUAGAGCGCGGUUAUGGAUACUGCACCCUCAACAUCAAGGGUUUGGAGCUCCAGGAGACGUCGUGUCACACGCUGGAGGCCCGGCGCAUGGACGAGGUGUUCGAGGCAGCCCUGGCACAGUCCCACAUGCCCAACCAGUGGCGCCAGCUGCUCAACCCCCACUGGGGCAACACGCUGACGCCCUGCUGCGCGCUGCCCGUGCGCCUCUACUCGGACGCGCGCAACGUGCUCACGGGCAUCAUCGACUCGCACGAGCACCUGCGCAAGCUGCGCGGCGACUACGUGAAGGUGCUGCUGUGGCUGCUGCUGCAGCGCUGCGCCCAGAGGGACCGGCUGACGCCGCCGCUGCAGGAGAAGGCGCCGCUGUCGCCGGGCGCGGACAGCGGCAGCUCCCAGCGCGCGCUGCAGCGCGACACGCAGUUCUCCACCACCCACCUCCCGGGCUCGCACUCCUCGUCCUUCUCCUCGUCCUCCUCCAUGUCCACGUCGUCGUCGCCGGGCCAGCGCGGCAGCCUGAGCUCGUCGGCCGACUGGCUGGACGACGACGACCUGUUCGGGCCGCAGGUGGCGCGCCGGCCCGUGCCGGCGGCGCCCCAGGAGCGGAACUUCUCGCUGCCGGGCUCCGUGGAGGUGCUGAGCCUGUACGAGAACAUGGCGCUCUCGGCGCUGCCGCCGCUGCGCCCGCUGGGCCUGGGCCUGCCCGCCGCCGACCGCGGCAGCGUCGACGGCGGGCUGCACGAGGCCUCCUUCCCGCCCGCCGCGGGGCCGCGUCGCCUCAGCGGGCCGCACGCGCAGCUCCUGCCCGGCGAGUGGCGGACGGCCGCCCCGCUGGCCCCGCCGCAGAUGCUCCAGCUGCAGCCGCUGGUGCCCGCCGACUGGUUCCACUUCGCCGUGGGCCGGCUGGCGGCGGGGGGCCAGCACGCCGCCGCGCUCCUGCAGGAGGAGAGGGACGCGCUGGAGCUCUUCAGCCAGGUGGCGCUCUCCUGCCUGGUGGCGCUGGGCCUGGAGGCGGAGCUGCCCAGCCCCAGCCUGGUGUUCCGCCUCUACGGAGGGGGCGCUCCCUGGAGCGAGGCUCUGGAUUGGCUGAAGGGGAGGAGAGAGCUGCACCAGCUGGCCCUUAAAGCGUUUAGGUACAGCUUCAAGCUGCUGUUUGACCAGGCGAGCCUGGGGCCGAUGGAGAGUGCCGAGGAGCUCCAGGCCACUCUGGACGAGUACGAGCACCACUGGUACAUCGGCACGGCGACAGACCACGGCUGGCAGGAGAGCGUGCGUCAGGAAAAGCCCUUCCUCUUCUCGCUGGGCCACGACCUUGCCAUGGGGACGUACACUGGCCGUGUGCUAACCCUGCAGGAGCAGCUGGUGUACGUGGGUCAGGUGUGUGCCGAGGGCGUGCGGGGCCAGUGGGCCAACCUCUCCUGGGAGCUGCUGUACGCCACCAACGACGACGAGGAGCGCUACAGCAUCCAGGCCCACCCGGUGCUCCUGAGGAACCUGACCGUGCAGGCCGCAGACCCGCCCCUGGGGUACCCCAUCUACUCCUCCGCCCCCCUGCACCUGGGCUGCCUCUAGCAGCCGCACCAGAGCGCACUCAGACGAGACACCGAGACUGUAUGAUCAUGGAAAGGAACUCAACUCUUUUUUGAGUAAUGCCAAAAAUAGCUGUCAUAAGAGGUGUUGUGAACGGGAAAUGUCGACAUAUCCUUUUAGGUGAGCUUGACGUUUAGGUUCUCAUUCCACACAGGAGCAGCAGGGGGGGGGGGGGUACAAAGCCUUACACACAAACACACACAGACACGUGGCUGUAAAGAUUGAGGACCUGCAGUGUUGUCUCAGGGUAUGAGAUAAAAAGCACUUUGGGCACGAGGAAAGGAUCAAGCAGUUGGCUCUUGGAGAGUUGCCACGUAAGGGUCACCUUUGGUUGAUAUUGGUGUGUGGAUGCACCCAUCAAAGGACUGAUUCCCUGUCGUCUUUCCUGAAUUAGGAUCUGGUGGCUUGGCGAUUCCGUCAGCCCUCUUGAAGGCAUGGCCUGAGGGUCUUCGGAAAGGCUUUGCACUAUGUGUCUGUUAUAAACUGCAGGAGUACUGGAAGACUACAGCCGUUUCCCUUUUAAAUGUGAAUAGCAUCAUAAGGCCAUAUUUAUUCAGUUCUUUUCUAACAGCAAAUUGUGUCUGCACCACAGGAACUCUUGCGAAACUUGCAACUGAACUUAACUGAACACUAUUUCCUCCUUGUAAAAACACUAAGCAUUGGUCUUGCAGUCCUCCCCUCCUCUCUGAAGACUCCUUCAGUGUUUUGAAUUUCAGUGUGGUGGUCCAUGUGUUCACUUCUCUAUUUGCGGUAAACAUUGUAUAAAUACUUUUAUUUCUGUAAAAUGUUUAUUGUAUGUACAGUUUAUUACAGUAAAAGUUUUUUCCAAAA